AUGGGAACAUCAACUGCCAAUGUUGUUGAGAUUCUUGCCUUGCUCAUUCUACUUCAAAGCGUUUCCUCCUUCUGCAAUGGAGAUAAUUUCAAUGGAAGCUGUAUCAAGACUGAAAGAGAAGCUCUUGUGAAGUUCAAGUCAAGCCUCCUCAACAAUUCAAACUCGUUGCCUUCAUGGGUGGGAGAUGACUGCUGCAGAUGGGACGGAGUCACUUGCGAUGACAUAAACGGUCAUGUAGUUAAGCUCGUUCUUUCUCGGGCGUCCAUCAUGGGAAACAUUUCCCUUCAUCUUGGAAAUCUUUCAAACUUGCACUAUCUUGAUCUCAGUUUGAAUCGUUCAUUGGCAAUCCACAGCCUCCAUUUUCCAUCUUCUUUGAAAUACUUGUACUUGUCGUACGUGGUCCUGGACAAGUGUGACAAUUGGUUGCAGUCAAUAAACAUGCUUCCUUCUUUACUAGAAUUAGAAUUGAGGAAUUGUGAGCUUUCCAUCAUUGGUGAUGUUUCACAUGUCAAUUUUACAUCUCUUGAGGUUCUCGACCUUGGAUUGAACAACUUCCAUUCCACAAUCCCAAGCUGGUUAUAUAAUAUCACCAACCUUCGACGUCUUGAUCUGUAUUCUGGUGCUUUCCGAGGUUCUCUUUCAACUGAUAUCAGUAAUCUUAAGUCUCUUGCUUCCCUUAGUGCGGGUUUUAAUUCUUUGGAAGGCAACAUACCCAACACGUUGAACGGGCUUUGCAAUUUGAUUGAGCUACACUUGGGUUACAACAAGUUCGGCGGUGAGAUUUCCGGAACUUUUGGCAACUCAUCCGGUUGCAUCAAGAAUAGUUUAGAAAAUCUGAUUCUUUCAAACAAUUCCUUUUCUGGUAGUAUUCCAGAUAAUUUGGGACAAUUUAAACGCCUGAAAGUUCUUUAUCUUUCUGAAAACUCUUUCUGGGGUUCAAUCCCUGUAUCCAUUGGACAGCUUUACAACCUUGAAAGACUAGGUUUCAGUCAGAAUUCAUUGCAGGGGGAGGUUUCUGAACUUCACUUGUUAAACCUCAGAAGCUUGAUUGCGUUGAGUAUGGAUGGGAAUUCUUUAGUUUUUGAUAUAGAUCCCGAAUGGAUACCUCCUUUUCAACUUGACCGGAUUGGUUUAUCAUCUUGUGAAGUAGGGCCUUCGUUUCCACAGUGGCUCAAAACACAAAAGAGCAUUAGAUUUUUACAAAUGUCUAAUGCAAGCAUCUCAGGUAACAUCCCUGACUGGUUUGAAAAUAUUUCUUCCAAUAUUGUAGGAUUGGAUUUAUCUUAUAAUCAGUUGUUUGGGACCUUGCCAACUUUCAGAAAACAGAACACAACUUAUGGUAACGAAUAUAGGAUCAUACUGUUGAAAUCUAACCAGUUUGAUGGUUUUUUAACCUGUUCUCAUUUUGAUGCAACCAUAUUGGAUAUCUCCAACAACUUGCUCCUCGGCCAUAUUCCCCAGAAUCUCAGUGAAAUGAUGCCAAGUCUGCAACUCUUAUCCCUCUCCAACAACUACUUGAAUGGUACCGUUCCAGCUACUUUAUGCAGGAGUGGAUCUUUACAAAUUCUUGAUCUUUCGAAUAAUCAUCUAUCAGGAAGAAUACCUUCAUGUUGGGGAAAUUUGCCAAGUUUAACUGUGAUUGAUUUUUCAAGUAAUAUGCUGAGUGGUGAUGUUCCAAUGUCCUUCGGUUCUCAAGAGUCGCUUGUUUCCCUGCAUCUGCAAAACAAUACUCUGCAAGGAAAGAUCCCAAUGUCAUUAAGGAAUCUAGAAUCCUUGGAGACUCUUGAUCUUAGCAUGAAUGCUUUUGAUGGUUUUAUUCCUUCAUGGAUAGGUGAGAGCCUAUCUUCUCUGAAAGUACUGAGUAUUCACUCUAAUAAAUUUGAAGGUGAGAUUCCUCUGCAGCUUUGCUACCUUGCUUCUCUUCGCAUAUUGAACUUGAAAGGGCAUUGGGACUAUUACACUGAAGAUCAACCCUUGGGUUUUGUAACAGCUAGCUAUGGUGAGAAUGUGCAGGUUUAUGUCAAAGGAAUAGAGCUUGAAUAUACUAGAACACUUCGAUUUAUGUAUUCCAUUGACCUUUCAGGAAAUAACUUUGUUGGAGAAAUUCCCCAGGAGUUGAUGAAUCUUUCAGGUCUACAGAUCCUGAAUCUAUCUACAAACAAAUUUCACUUGAAUUUGUCAUUCAAUCACUUAUCUGGACGAAUUCCAAAGGGAAACCAACUUCAGACUUUGGAUGACAAAUCCAUCUACAUCGGCAACGAUGGACUUUGUGGACCUCCAUUGAAUAACUGUUCAGAUGAUGCAGAUGAAUUGCCUAAAGGUCAUGAAAAAGGUGGCACUAAGAGGAAAAAUGACUCUGAAAUGGUUUGGUUCUACAGUGGUAUGGGAAUGGGAUUUGCGGCUGGAUUUGUUGGAGUUUGUAGCAUCUUGUACUUCAACGACUCAUGGAGGUGUGCUUGGUUUGGGUUAGUUGACAGAGUCUACAACAAGCUUUGGGUAACAAUUGCAAUCAAGGCAAAUCAAGUGAAGAGAAAGUUUCUCAGAAACAAAUUAGAAGGAAAUGCAUGA